AUGGGCUACCGGCACCAACACGGCUACGGCGUGCCGCAGGCGUGCACCACGGCCGUGCUGAACUACAUCGGCAUUGCCAGGCAGACCGUCGCCUCCAUGCACAGAAUCUCGGGUGGCCAUACGCGCGCUGCGUACCCGCUAGCAACAAUGCAAUUCAAUGGCAUUGGUGCGAAUCCAAAUUGCGACGACGCAGUGAAGUUAUUCAGGGCAGUUUGCGAGCGAGGCGGAUGGGUCACUGACAAUCUGGCCGACGCGCACGAGCUCGUCGACAAAUUGCCCGACAGGGCCGCCUUGCUUUUUCUGAAGCUCGCUGAGGCAGGGCACGAGGUUGCCCAGGUGAACGCUGCGCACAUGUUUGAUACUGGUCAGGCUCUCCUUUUCUAUCCGGGUCGCAUUCCAUUGCAGGACACGGAUGAUAUGAGGCAGCACGGCAAGCUCUUAGCGCAGCGUUAUUACGAGAUGUCUGCGGAACGGGGAAGCGUAUCGUCCGAGUUGCGCCUCGGAGACUACGCCUACUACGGAUGGGGCGCUUCGGUUUCGUUCAGGGAGGAGGGCGAAGCCGAUGAUGGCGCCAACGGGCAUGCAGUUUUCUCGUCGCCUUUCCACAGCGAGUUGCAGAACAAGCUUCAAGCUGUGGAUCAUGAGGUUUCUUUGGCGAGAUAUAGAAAAACAGCCGACAUGGGGGUCAAAGACCCGAGGAUGCAGGCGUUCGUGGCGAGGGGAUCUUUCAACGUGGGCUUCAUGCACCAGUUUGGCCUCGGGGUGCAGCAAGACCUGCAGACGGCGAGGAUGUACUAUGAGCGAUCCCGCAGGGUGGAGGGAUGA